CCCCAUCAACCCACCUUCCACGCAAUUGUACAAUAUUUUUCAACCUUUUUUUCUUCUUAACUUCCUUAGUUUUUAUACCCAAUCUCCAUUUUUUUUUCUUGCGCUCGACAUAUACAUAGUUGCUGAUUAUUGUUUUCUCUGUCAUGGUGCUCUGUUAUCCUCCAUGGUCUCUUGUCCCUGAGGCUUCUCUGAUGAGAAAUUGUCCUGCAAUUUGAUGACCCAUCGGAGACUCUUCUGUCCAAGGGCCCGUCGAGAGAAGAUGGAUAACUCGAUCAUCACAAGGUGUCGCAAUCAAUUUUGGUUUGGAGUUUUUGCCUUGUUUGUUUUUUGGUACUUGUUGCUUUAUGUUUAUGAUUGGUCUUCUCUUCGUGAACCUUCCUUAAUAGCCGAAAAGCAAGCAAACUCCAUCAAAUCCUUACACUCGAAUUCUGUUCAACUUCCUAACAUCGACAAUGAAAUUGUUGGUACAAAGCACAUAAUCGGUGAUGAUCGUAUUAGUGAUGUCUCAAGGGAUGUUAUACCUGUUAAGGACCACGGCGAAAGGCCGACCAGCAGAUCAUCUGUUGAGAAAGAAUUGCAUCCUUUUCUUGGAGCAAAUGAAGCUAAAAAUGGCAAUAAAAGUGCCAUUAACAAAAAAGGGCGAGGGGCAGACAAGAAAGUUGUCAAGGAGAAUGGGGUUAAACAAGGCAGUGCACUUCCUGUGGUCAAAACUCGAAGAGAACCCAAGUCGUGUUUAGGUCGUUAUAUUUAUGUUCAUGAUCUUCCUAAUAGAUUCAACGAUGAUGUGAUCAAACAGUGUCGUUUAUUGAGCAAAUGGAGUGAUAUGUGCCAGUAUAUGGUGAACAUGGGUUUUGGUCCUGAUCUUGGAAACCCUCAGAGGAUUUUCCUGAACACUGGUUGGUUCACCACACAGCAAUUCUCUUUAGAUGUCAUAUUCCACAACAGAAUGAAACAGUACGAGUGCUUGACCAAUGAUUCAUCAAAAGCUUCAGCUAUCUUUGUGCCAUAUUAUGCAGGGCUUGAUGUUGCAAGGUAUCUAUGGGGUUCCAACAUAUCAAUGAGAGACUCUGCCUCUUCUGAUUUGGCCAAAUGGCUUAGAGAAAAACCCGAGUGGAAAGUCAUGUGGGGAAGAGACCAUUUUCUAGUCGCAGGUCGAAUUACUUGGGAUUUCAGAAGAGGAAUUGAUGAGGACUCUGGUUGGGGUAACAAGCUAAUGUUGCUGCCUGAGGCUAAGAACAUGACUAUACUAACAAUUGAAUCAAGCCCUUGGAACAGCAACGAUUUCGCGAUACCAUAUCCAACUUAUUUUCAUCCUUCAAGUGACAAUGAGGUAUUUCAGUGGCAAAAUAAAAUGAGGAGGCAGAGAAGGCGGAUUUUGUUCUCGUUUGCUGGUGCCCCUCGGCCAAACCUCGAUGACUCUAUCCGAAGUCAGAUUAUGGAACAGUGCCUAGCAUCAAGUCGAAAGUGCAGACUGUUAGAAUGUAAGAACGAUGGAAACAAGUGUCACAAACCAGCUAAUGUCAUGAAGAUGUUUCAAAGCUCUGUUUUCUGUUUGCAGCCUCCGGGUGAUUCGUUCACUAGAAGAUCAACUUUUGAUUCAAUUUUGGCUGGGUGUAUUCCAGUUUUUUUCACCCCAGGCUCGGCUUAUGUCCAAUACUUAUGGCAUUUACCUAAAGAUUUCGACAAGUAUUCAGUACUAAUACCCGAGGACGAAGUCAAGGAGAUGAAAGUAUCUGCAAUGCGGGAGGAGGUUAUAAGGUUGAUUCCUAAGGUGAUAUAUGCAGAUCCAAGGUCUAGGUUAGAAACACUUGAAGAUGCAUUUGAUUUUACAGUAAAAGGAGUCCUUGAAAGAGUAGAAGCACUGAGGAGGGAUAUUAAAGAAGGGAGGAAUUCUAGUACUGAUUUUGAUGAAGAACAGAGUUGGAAAUAUAAUUUGUUUGGCACAGUAGAAAAGCAUGAGUGGGAUCAUUUCUUUUUAAGAACAAAUAGAGCAAGUGUUUGGACAUAAAAUGUAAAAUUAUGAGAAUCUUGAUGCACCAACACGUGGCAAAUUGAGGGACAUUAAGGAAUUGGCACAUGACAAAAUCUAAGAAAAGGCGGGAGAUGGUCAAACACGACUUUAUUUGAAAGAUCUCGGAAUUACAAGUCAGAUAACCGUCGAUGAAGGUGAAACCAUCCAGGAUAGUGGUUAUAAAAUGCAAAAAAUGAGAAUGUUAAAAGAACACAUUCAAACUCCCACAAGAC